AUGGAAUGGUGUAGUACUACCCAAAAAUCACCUUCUUGUUCCAACAUACGAAACAAAGAUGAUCCUCUCGACUACGAUGAAGUAUUGCUGGAGGAUGAUGGAUCAGACUACGAAAACGCUAUGUACGAUGAAUAUGAGCUCGAGACACUAGCUGUGCAUGUGGAGAAGGAGGACGAUGAUGCUGAGCAGACGAUGUUAUAUGAAGAAGCAUCAUGUGAUGGCGUAUUCAUCGAUACCAAUGAUGAAGAUAUGGCCUAUGGCAACACAUUCAUCGACGAUGGUGAUGAAGACAUGUCCUGUUAUGACGAAUUCAUCGAUGCCGAUGAUGAUGACAUGAGCUGUGAUGACCAACACAUCGAUAAUAAUGAUGAGGAUAUGAGUUUCGACGAAGAACCCGGAGACGCCCAUGAUAAAGAAAUUGAUAACGGUGGAGGUUAUAAUGCCUUUCGCACACCUCACUUAACCCCGAUUGUGGUGACAAGAUGUCGUCCAAGAAGAUCAUACCUGACAACAAAACCACCCAUCUCAAGUACUACCCCACUAUACGCAUCCCAAAAUGACCCGCAAGUGAUACACACCACGGUGCAAAGGGCAUCCAGUGAUUCCCUCACAUUGAUCGGUAUAUUGAAGGACAAGGAAAGCGUGCAUCGAUCAUGUUUCUUAGGCUUUUUUUGUGGCGAUGGUUACAACAAUAAGGAAAAGCAAACCAUUGUAGAGCGUUCCACCGAGUUUUAUUGGUUAAACCUCUUCAUUAAAUCAUUCAAAUGUACAAGCGUGGGUCUCAACUUCUACGUUAGUCCACCUCGCAAGAAUGAAAAGGAACGCUUCGCUGCUGGUGAUUAUGGUGUUGUUAUGGCCAUGUUUUCAUCACGUGAACUGGGCGAGCUAUUGGAUAUGACGGGUUGUUAUGUAUCGCGUGUUAAGAACGCCCACCUUGGCCUUCUCGCCGAAACAUUUCCCGACGACUUGUCAAAUCGGAGCCUUCAUAUCAUCCUCUUCACCUUGUGGUAUUAUGCAGCUGAUGGAUGUUUGCUUUGGCGACCUGAACAUGAUGUCGAGAACCCAGGGCGACUGCUGGCAGGAGUCAAUCUAGCAGCCAAAGACAAGACAAUCCUUACGUGGAUGCAGACCGAAUUGGCGAAACUGAAUGUCAUGUCCAACAUCGUCGGCCGAGAGUCUGAUCCAGUCUACAACCUCAACAUUGGAAAGAGGGAGCUGGUGCGAAACAAGGACCUAUUUCUCAAUGCAAUGGCACAGACUCGUGUGGUUCAAAUUACAUUGCACCACAAGCUUGUUGAUCUCGAGACCAUGCUGACAACUGGUAUUCUCCCAUAUUGCGACACUCCUGCAGCAAGCGACGUUUCAUUCUAUGACUAUUUGGGCGUGGAUGGAUUGGCAGACCCACUUGCAAGAGUGAUUGGACAGGAUACGUGCGUAUUGCGAUUGACGGCAUUGAAUCAGUUCCUAUUGGGUCUUGGUAUGGCAUCGGUCAAGGACACCCGCGAAUGUCAUCCAACCGACAUAGCAGCCUAUUUGCGAUCCAUGGACCCCACAAAGAAUGACUUGGCCAAAAAGUACCAUGACAUGUGCAUGAAGAGGAUUCGUGAGACGAUGCCCAACAAUGUUGUCAAUGAAAGGGGACGGCUGCAUCGCUGUGAUCUCUGCACCAAGUCAUAUCACAUACCCGACAUGCUGGUAGCGCACAAAGUGAGAGAACACGGGGGGGAGGAGUGGAAAUGCGAUGAAUGUGACAUGGUGUUAUCGACAAAGACAAUGUUGCGAGCACACAAGUUCAAUCUUCAUUCCGGCGAAAUACCUUGUGAGCAAUGCAACAAAACGUUCGAUAGCUACCGCGCAUACUACUCGCACAAAGUCAUCAUGCAUCAAUGUGAAGAAAUCCAGUGUCCUUGGGAGCAUUGCUAUGAAAUGUUUACCACAAAGAAAAGAUUUUACCGCCAUGUUCACAAUCACAAUUGCGCUGAGAACAAGCUAGAAUGCCCAUUCGAAGGAUGUACACGUCUAUUUCUUCGUCACGAUCAUCUAAGGAAUCAUGUUGACAGCAUACAUAAGAGACAACCAAUAGCUUGUCGCGUCGACGACUGUGAUGCCACUUUUUACAGCCAACAGCAAGAAUACACCCACUAUCAACGUAUGCAUGUACGACGACAUCAUUGUACUCAUCCUGGUUGUGAGGCAUCUUUUGGCAAGCCUUCAGAUUUACAACGACACGUCUUGUGCAACCAUGAAAACCCGGAUCUUUCGGAUGUUUUGGUCGAGGAGGAGGCUUCAAGCAAAGACUUGCAAGAGCUUGUGGACCAAUUGGUUAGCGGCGGUUCGACAAGUGGGAAAAGAUCAGCAACAGCAGCCGGGUUGUCAUCUCCUACCAAUGCUGUCAAGAAGAAAAUUGGCGCCAUGGAUCAACUCCUGACACAGUCUCAUGCUGGUGCUGAUAACAUACCAAGGAUUGUAUUCUCCAAUGUACCGGUGCAUGACCAGCUUGUAUUUGUUGAGUUGAUCAAGAACUCCCCAUUGCAUGCCACCGUAAUUCUUGACAAAUCCAACAUCGAGGAAGCAACGCACGUGAUCAGCUAUGUCGAGGACCCAUCAACAAUGCGUACACCAUCAUACCUUUACGCCAUCAACGAUAGCAGGAUGCACAUUAUGAGUGCCAAAUGGAUUGCUGAUAGCAUCACCAAUUGCAAGUGGAUGGAUGAAGAAUACUAUAAGGUAGCAAUACCACGCAAAGAUGUUUUACAAGGCAUCCAAUUGACCUUUAUUGGUAAUCCGUACCCUUUACGGCAUGCGAUUGAGCGAGCAUCAAAGGUUUCUGGAGCGCAUAUCUGGGGGAAAAGACCUUCAUGGCAAAGUAGACUAGACAAAUCCAAGAUCGUACACGAUUUGACGAGCAACGAAAUUGAUCCCAACAUCACCAUUUGUAUUGUCACGGAUGAAAAGACGUACGUCCACAAGAAACCCAAGCUCAAAAACGCCCAAGUCCGCACAAUGAGAUGGCUGAUUGCAGUACUUGCUCACCAACGAGAGAUCAACCGAACUUGA